CUUUGUAUUACUUGCCUCAAAUGAAUGAUAUACAGUUUUCAUGACCAUUUAUUGGAAAAUGUAAAUGUUUCUAAAAUACCUUAUAAAACUGAAUUUAAAAUGUUUAAAACAUUGGGUGAUCUUUUUGUCAUACCAGUUUUUUCAAAUCACCAUCCCCUUCAGCCGGUUAUUUCUGCAGUUGUUUGAAUUUUGUAAAGAGGAACAUUUAUGAAGAAAAACAAGAAGAUAUCUGUUAACGCUGCAGGAAUCAGCAGACAUCCAGAAGUUUUCAAAGGCCAGUGGCAAAAUGACAGACAUUUCAUAACGCUCCCCAAGCACAUGAGUGCAACCCCAGGGACUGUCCUUUCUGAAUGGAACCAAAGGGUCUCACCUCUUCAUUCUGCAAAUAGUUUUAAUUGACUGAUCAUGGCAUCCAGCACACAUUUACACACUUGUUUAAUUAGGUACCUGAGCAGUCCCACCGCAAACAGAGGAACUGUUCCGAUGCCCGAAGUUAAGCAAGUACUUAGGUGUGUGCAGGAUGGAGGCCUGUGGUGUGUGAGUAGCAUCCUUUUCCUAUGCAUGACAUGGAUUUAGCCCAGUCACAACCUUUCCGUCAUUAUUCCUUCCUGUCCUUCUAUCCAAAGCAAUAGUUCCUAGGAUGGAAGUACAGCGGCUCCUGCACAGCCUGGGCAUGAUGCUGUACUACUAUUCAGUUCAAAGGAGCGUGUUGCCACGGAGUUCAGUGGGAGGCCGAAGUUGCCCAGGGAAUGGAGAGCAAAUGAGAAGGCACCCGGCUCUGUUGCCCUUUGCGAUGAGCUUGGAGGCUAGGAUAGCAUUGUCACCUGAGGCUGCCCCGCCUAGCGCUGCGCCUGCGUGUUACCUCCUCCUUCCUGGUCCCGGCUGCGGGGAGAUGGGCGGAGGUGGUGGCAUUAUCCCGGAUUCCCAGGGAAGAGCCCAGCGGCAGAGCAAGGCAGUCGGGAGGGAGAGCGAAGAGGCAGGGCGCAUUCACGCCGCCCCUGCGGAGGGGCAGAGGGGCCGGAGGCAGAGAAGGUUAUGAAGAUGGUUCAGGACUCCUGCAUUGUUUUUGCUGUUGGUAGAUUAGAGUUUAAAAGUGUCUGACACAAACUGCUACUCCACUGUUCAAUGUUUCAAGGAGAUCCAGAGAAGUAAGUCUCUCCAUAGAGGAGAGACUAAAAUGCAUGUUAUGAAUUGUCUCUCCUUGGUCAAUGAUAAAGAAAAUGGAGCUAUUUCAGUUGGAACUGGAUUAAUGAUUGAAGAUACGACAACAGAACAAGUGUCGCAACCUCCUCCAGCUCCAUCGCUGCCUCCACCAUGUUCAUUCAUGAGUGCUGGUUCUCCGCCCCCCCCGCCCCCACCGCCCCCCCUACCUCCACCUCCUCCUCCUCCAGGACCUACCCCACCUGCUUUGUCACAGUUUAUAAAUGGGCAUGGCUCUCAUAGCAAAAAAAAGCGGAUACGGAGUUUUUUCUGGAAAACAAUUCCUGAAGAGCAAGUCCGUGGUAAAACAAAUAUCUGGACUAUUGCUGCAAGACGGCAGCAGUUUCAGAUUGACACAAAAACAAUUGAGGAGCUUUUUGGGCAACAAGAGGAAACCAAGUCUCAGGGUCCCAGAAAUCGAACUUCAAAAUCAUCAUUUAAAGAUACUAAAGAAGAGAUUUCCAUUUUGGAUUCAAAAAGAAGUAUGAAUAUUGGGAUAUUCCUCAAACAAUUCAAAAAGCCUGCUGAAUCCAUAAUUGAAGAUAUUAGUAAAGGAAAAGGUGAUUUCUAUGGAUCUGAGAUGCUGCGUGAAUUCCUUAAAUUAUUGCCAGAAGCAGAGGAGGUAAAGAAAUUAAAAGCCUUUGAUGGAGAUGUAGCAAAACUGUGUCAAGCAGAUUACUUUAUGUAUUUACUAAUCAAGGUGCCAAACUAUUCUCUUCGGAUUGAAGCUAUGAUGCUAACAAGAGAAUUCGUACCUUCUUGUACUUCACUGCAGAAAGACAUGAAAAUUAUAAGAUCGGCUAUGAAAGAGUUAAUGUCAUGUGAGGAACUACAUUCCAUAUUAUACUUGGUCCUUCAGGCUGGGAAUAUUAUGAAUGCAGGGGGUUAUGCUGGCAAUGCAGUUGGCUUUAAACUCUCAUCACUGCUCAAGCUGGCAGAUACAAAAGCAAACAAACCUGGGAUGAAUCUGCUGCAUUUUGUUGCUUUGGAAGCACAAAAGAAAGAUGAGGCUCUUUUAACCUUUUCAGAAAAAUUACAGCACAUUCAUGAUGCAGCCAGAUUAUCCAUUGAUAAUAUAGAAGCAGAACUUCAUUCUCUAUCUGCCAAGACAAGAUCUCUUAAAAACAAUAUUCGGCAGGACCCAGGACUCUUUCACCAGAUGGAAGAUUUUAUCAAGUUAGCUAUAAAAGAACUAAAAGAACUAGAAUACUGGAAACGAGAAUUACGGGGGCAAGGAAAUACACUUAUUGACUUUUUCUGUGAAGACAAAGAAACCAUGAAACUGGAGGAAUGCUUCCAAAUAUUUAGGGACUUUUGCAUGAAAUUCAACAAGGCUGUUAAGGAAAAUAGAGAACGAGAGAGCCAAGAGCUUCAACAACAGCAGAAAUUGAAGGAGUUGGAGGAAAAACGCCGAUCCUGGGCUGCUGGAGAGCUCGGGGGUUUCGGGAGAAGUAGCAGUGAAAAUGAUGUUGAGAUGUUGGCUAAAAAAGGACUUGAGGAUUUUCGACCUUUCUUGCGGCAGAGACCUCAAAGUGCUUUGAAUAGAAAUCCCAGUGCUCGGCGCUCCCGCUUAUCCUUAGGGAUUACUGCAGACAGAGAGCUUCUGUCUUUCCUGGAAAUCUCCAAAGACGAGGAUCCAAACAAAUUCAAUAGCCUUCCUCGUGCAAACACACGACAAGCAAGACCCAGCAUAGCUUCAAUUGAAUCCAAAGAGCCUAGCAAUCUCAGUUUAAAUAACUUGAAACUACACCGCGCUUCUGAAGCCAAAGCGGACAGCCCAGAUCCACCUCAGAUGCCUUUAGCUCAGCCCAGUCGCUUACAAGAUAUGGAGGUGGGCUUGACUAGUACUAACCUCUGUUACUCACAAAAGAAUACUGACAACAAGCAGCACAGGUCAGCUGUGCCGUGUGUGGAAGCAGGAGAUAUAAAUGCUGGCCCCCUUGCUGUUGAGGAAUAUGAAGUUGUUAAGGGACUGCAUAAGUCUGAUAUUCAAGGAACAAAACCUAUGGAAGACAUGCCUUUAAUAAGCUUCGCGGAUGUUGGUGCAACAGACUUAGAAACUCUUGAUGACUUGAGCUUACACUCCCUCAGCACUGUGGAUAAUUCUGAGCCAAUGCCCUCUUGCAAAAGUUCCAGAAAUAUUGAUGAUUGUCAAGUCAAGGUGGCAAGUGCCAAGCAUGAAGUUUCAGAACAUACCAAUAGUGGCCCCACGUCUAUGGAUACAAGUGUUUCUGGCAAUAAAGAACAUGGGCCAACUUUCUAUGUAUCUGAUGCUACUGAUUGUUCUCUGACUUUGGACUAUUCAGAAGGAAAUGAUUUAAAAUUAGUGGGCAAUGAAAUGAAAGAGCAAGAUGUCAAAGUUUACACUUGUGCAAAUGAUGUUCGAGAUGAGGAUAGUACAGUCUCCUCAAAUCUGAAUUCAUCCUCUGAAAAGGAAAUUUCUCUUCAUACUUCUUCAAAUGCCACAGAGGAUUCCAGCAGCAAACACAACUUUCCUAAAGAAAAGCCUGUAAAAAGUAAAGAAUCCUUAGGACCAAAGAGAAACUCUCUAAAAGACAGAUCUCUAAACUCCUCAAAAUCUAGUGGCACUCGCCCUACCCAGACAACUACUCCCAGACCAAUAAGAACUUUGAAUGCAUCUGAAAAUGUGAGUAUGAGGAAAGUGGUGCCAAUUUCCAGGUCUAACAAAACACAGAGCAGUCUGAAAAAGCCAGAAGCCAAACCAGCACUUCGAGAGGCCAGUACUACUGAGACACAACCAUCGCACCGCAGCUCUGUCCGAGGCACAAUGGAAACCCUUCCAAGAACUUCAUACAGACAUAGCUUAUCAGUAGAGGAGCCAAAAUUACAGAGAGGGACUGCAACUUCCAGCAGCACCCAUUUUGAGAGGGACCAACUUCAGCGCAAGGGCUCUCUUAAAAUGCCAGGUUCUAAAUCCGUCAGAAAUAUUCCCAAAUCCAAACCAGAGGAAAGUAAGAUUUGUCGCUCCAUUGUAAAACCCCAGGCCCUUCCAGACGCUAACAAAAGCACAACAGCUAAUGCUCCCAAGACACCAUCCUCUGUACCAAGCUUUGCGAGAAACACAGUGGCCUCUUCCUCAAGGAGUGCAAAGGUGGAUCUACCUAACUCUUCAAAAACACCGAGCAUCACACGAUCAGUGUCUCAGAGGCUACCUAGAAUGAGGUCAGCAGCAACCUCUGAUGACCUUAUCCCCAAAGAGAGCACAGGAUACUCCUUAAAACGAGCAAGUAGUGCUAAAAUUAUCAAAAGGAACACAGACCAGAGUGAUAUUCUUAGUGCUAAAGUAGAACCUACAGCAAAGGAACAAGAUAUAAUGGAAAAGUCUUCUCAUAAAUUGAAAGAUGAAAACCGGACCACAAUUGGGAAGAUAUUUAAACCACUAUUGAAAUAAUGGUUUUUUUUUUAACAUCUUGGAAUAUAAACACAUGUUUAAGCACUGGAUAUCUUGGGAAAUAUCCAAAACAAUAACGUCACUGUUUAAUAACGUCUCCUGGUACCUAAUAUACAGAACACUAUGAGAAGACAGCAACUACUUUUUUUCUGGUCCUCUUCCUCUUCUUAGCAUGAAUUUGAAUGUAUUUAAUGUUACUGUGGUGAAGUACAAGUGCCACAGAUCUUUGUGCAUUUGUGGAAUGGUACAUUGCCAAAAAACAAACUUGAAGGAAUUGAAAACUAAUAGUUCAAAUGAUUUUGUGAUUCUUUAAAAAAAGAAAAAAAAGUUGGGGUUAUGGCCAGUUUUUGUAUACAGGAACCUCUUUUUUUUUUUUUUUUGGCUUAAUCAGUUAUACUAGUUGGUUCCUUUAUUCAAACCUGAAAUGACGUCUUUGGAAUGGUACAGAAAAUGAAUGUAGGUGAAGACGCUUUCUGUGGCUCUUAAUUCCUUGGAUUCAGAAGUCAUCUGUGCCUGUUGCAAAGUCCAUUGCUGGCAAUUGGACAUGCUGGAAACCGUUGGCCUGAAAAUGGUGAAAUAGGACAUUCACUGUUUGUGGCUGUCUUAACCUCAUUGAAGAAUUUAUAGCAUGUCUUACUGUGUAUGUGUGUCUGUCUGUGUGUAGGAAGGAGGGAAACUCUGCUGGGCAGAAAUUUAUUCUCCAUGAGUGUGGCAGAAUUGUCUUGCACAUACAAGUAGGAUAUAGUAAAAAAUGACUGGUGCUGGAUGUCGUAGUGCAGCUGGAGGUCACACCUAUUGGAAAUACCACCAGUCGCUGUUAGGGAUAAUAAUUGCUCAUGUUCUGACUUGUUUCAGUCAGAUGCAAACUUGCCAGCUUUUGGUAAUACAAAAGUGCCAUAUUUAUAAUACAUAUCAAAGGUGAUGUAGCUCAACAUGUGAAGGCUGCAACUUGGUGCCGAGCACUUUCUUACCAUUCCUUUUUUCCACUGGUUUAUCUACUAUCAAAUUACUUGAAUGUUGCUAUGGCUCAGAAACAGCCAUUUUCCUGCCUCCUCCUUUCUUUACCAACACUGAGCAUGUAGCAGGAAACACAGCUUACACAUGAUAAUAUGUUUUGUAAAUUAAGCUUCUUUAGCUACUUCAGAUGUGGUUUUAAUGUUGAAAGUGGCUAAAGGAUAAAUUAAAGACAUGUUUUACACUAGUGUUUCAUAAGCUUUUUUUUUUAACUACUUUUUUCUGCAGAUACAAAUUUUAGCACCAUGUCAGACUAAGAUACAGAGAAAGAGGGAAAACUUGUUUUAACGUGCUCUGUGCCUUCCCAAGAAAAAUGUAUGUAGGUGUGGGGAAACUGUCUCUAAAUAUCUUAUUUAAACAGUUGCCUUUUUUAUUCACUUAUGAAUGAAACCUCAUUUAAAAGAAACAUAAAAUGAAAGCUAUUUGGAAAAUUGUGGUGGCUUAUUUGUGGAGUAUCUGCCUAUCUGAUGCAUCACUCCUACCACUCCCUCCCAUUAGAAGUCUAUAAUUCAUCCAGAAUUAACUACCUGCCCACGCAGUUCCAUGGGCUAUCCACCAACCACUCGGGUACAGCCAGUUAUACAAUUUUAAUAAAACGAGGCCCUUAACCAAGCAGAUCUCACUGUAGACAGCAUACCGAAACGCUAGCAGCUGUUCCAGGGGUCCUCGUGUGUGUCUGUAAUUGUUUUAAAUAGCUCAUAGGCAAGGACCUCAGAGUGAAUAUUGCUUUAAAUCUCAUAAGCAUUCGAAUCUUACCUCCCUUGUGAGUUAAGUAUGAAACUGUGUCUUUUAGCCUUCUCUGUGUCAUUGUGUACACAUCUGCAAGAGCAGGUGACUUUGUUUUAUUUUUUUUAUUUUACCUUUUAUUGGUAGUAAGCUUGAAAAAAAAGUAAUUUAAAUGUGUUUGGAAAAUGUAAAUAAAUAUCUAUAUAAAUGUCUGUAAAAACAAUGUAUUUAAUGGACCAUUUAUACAUUUCUGAGUAACAUGAUAGUUUAAUAAAGUUCCGACUUACCGGGGUCAUGCUUUAUAGUUU